CAGCGUCUGGAAUAACAUGGCGCGCGCCGCGGAGCCCAGGUGCGCCUGACGACCCACAUUCCAGGAACUGCAACUUUCCAACCCCCGCUUUUCGUUUCGUGUUGUUGUUGUUGUGGUACGUUGUUGGCACCUGUGGAAUUUGCGUGACACCUGCGGCAGGUAGGACGCACCUGUGCGGAGUUGCAGGAGGAUGAAGGUCCCCACCUGUGCGGCGUGUUGGAUCUUGAUGCUCACCUGUGUUGUGCAAGACGUCUCGGCAGCCAUAAAGAAGACCAUGGAGUUGGCCAAGACGUGCGGAGACAAGUUCAAACCUCCGACCAUCCCGGUGACGUACUCCAACCACUCCGGCUACAUCGUGUGGAAACAGAGCAGCGCUCUCCUCACUACUCCUCCCAGGGAAUGUGGCAUCAUCCUGUCCGGUCCGGGGGACAACACGCGCUUCUACCUGAAGGUCAGCUACGUGGACAUGUACCGUGACGGGGACAUGUGUCAGGACAGACUGAUGGUGUACAGUGGGGAGAACGUGCUCGGUCCGACGAUCUUCAGCGAGUGCACGAGUUUCGGGUUCGGGUAUUACCGGGGAGUGGCCUCCAUCAACAGCAGCGUGGUGGUGGUGUUCGACACCAACAAGUAUCAAUUGUCCAAGGGCGACGGUAAUUUCAAGUUAUCCUAUAACUUGUUCUACAAUUCCAAAAGAGGUCGAUGCCUGAACAGGAAUAACAUCCCUCAGCAGGGGCAGCAGGACUUCCUGUGUAAUAACGGCAGGUGCAUCCCGCCUGAUCUCGUCUGUGACUAUGACGACGACUGUGGGGACGCGAGUGACGAGGUCGGCUCUGUGGCCAGCUGCCCCUUUACCGUCAGGUUCAACGGCGUGCUGCUGUUGUUAGGUUAUUAUGCCGUGAUCGUGGUCAGUGUCUGCAUCGCCGUCACCUUCCUGUUCCUCAUCAUUCUCAUCGUCUGGUGUGUGCGCAGGAGAAAAGCAGGGAAGGAUGACUAUGGAGAGAUGCCUGGACCAAACGAUCCGGAGAGCCAAAGCAAACAGAACAUCGCCUACCUUACCCCCUCCCAGUCAGGGGGGUCCCAGGGAUACCCCCUGCAGCCGAUCAAGCUGACUCAGCCCAUGUACUCGUCGUACAGCUCAAGCCCGUCCCAGGGUAACAACCCGAACCAGCCGCCUAACUACACCGUGGCGGGGUCGCCGUCUGUCCCUCAGAGACCCCUGCCGCCUCAGGCACCGGAGGUCCCGGGCUUCUCCUCACAGGAGGGGCUGGUCAACAAGGAGUACCCCCCUCCUAACGUCCCCCUUAACGUCCCUCACGACUUCCCCCCACAGGGCGACAAACACGUCCCCGACGACUACCCCCCGAAUGACGACCCCCCACAGACGUACCCUGACCACGGAGGGCAUCCCAGCAUGUACCCCCCUGAGCCACCGGGGGGUUCUCCGGGGUACCCCCGUCAUCAGUCUACACCCCCUGACUACCCUCCUAGCACUGUUUCCAAGUAGCACGACUAAAACCGCUGGUUUUCAAAUGGUUUUCUCAUUUUUACUGGCCUGGUAGUUAGACCUACAUUUGCGUAUGUGUU